GACCGCCAUCUUGCUGCCGCCGCGUGUUGCCGUCGGAGGAAGCUCCCGCCUCGGCUCCAGGGGAGGAAAGUGGAGCUCGGAGAGGGUCCUGAUUCAGAUCCCGCAGGUUGUCAUUGUCAGGAGUGUGGACAGUUCCUGACUCUCACACGAGACCCGCUGGAUUGCCUACCGCACCGCCCUGCCAGUACAGCAAAGGCCUGUUCUUUUGAUGGACUCCAGGCAGCCUGCUUGGAGAUCUUGUACUGCCUUAAAUGAUAUCUGCCAGCAGCAUGAAUCAAGAGAAGUUAGCCAAGCUUCAGGCUCAGGUCCGGAUAGGAGGCAAGGGCACAGCUCGCAGAAAGAAGAAGGUGGUGCAUAGGACAGCCACAGCAGAUGACAAGAAACUUCAGAGUUCUCUCAAAAAAUUGGCUGUGAAUAAUAUUGCUGGUAUUGAAGAGGUGAACAUGAUUAAAGAUGAUGGGACGGUUAUUCAUUUCAACAACCCCAAAGUCCAGGCUUCCCUCUCCGCCAACACCUUUGCAAUCACUGGCCAUGCAGAAGCAAAGCCAAUCACAGAAAUGCUUCCUGGGAUAUUAAGCCAACUUGGAGCUGACAGCUUAACAAGUCUUAGGAAGUUAGCUGAACAGUUCCCCAGGCAAGUGUUGGAUAGCAAAACACCCAAGCCUGAAGACAUUGAUGAAGAGGAUGACGAUGUGCCAGAUCUCGUAGAAAAUUUUGACGAAGCAUCAAAGAAUGAAGCAAACUAGAGUCUGAUGAUUCUCAGUGGCCGGCAUGGACUAGGUUGGAGAAAGGAGCGGGUGGCUCCAGAGCUGUACAGCGGCAGAGAACAUCGCCUGUUAAUAGUUCAGUAAUAUAAAUAUUUUGUAUAUUAAUGAUGCUGUUUGUUCAGCAUUUUUCUGUCAGUUGAUUUUGCAUUUUGCACUUCUCCCAGGAUCUACUCUUUUGGUCAAAAUACGAAGUAUUGGUGCAGCUUUGAGGGUUUUUGUGUGUUCGCGAGUGUGUUGUCUGUGGGUGUACGAGCGUGUGAGUGUGUGUGUACAGUGAGUGGAGAGCAAAUUGGAUAAUAGUUCUAUUGAUCCUCCCCCAGCCCCUAGUAGAAAAUAAAACAAAUCUUUAAGUCUCUUCCUUUUUAUCUUUGCCCAGUAGUGCACAGAAGUAGUGAAAAGUGAGUGUCUUGUCUAGACUUCAAAGACUCAAGACGUGGGAACGUUCAAGACUGGGUUUCAGUUUGCUGUGUUAACUAUUGUAUUUGCAAAGACUUUUCUGUGUUUAAAAUGCCUUUCUGCGGGCUGGGGGACACCUUAGGUCUUGCAGCCUUUGACUCCACAGUUAGGCUUAGAAGAGUUUCUCUUUCCCUUCCUUUCUUCCUAGAUGUUUCCUUGCCCCCUUUUGUCUUAGAAUGGUUUGGUCAGCCUUGUUAGUGUUCCUUGUCACCUCAUUUAGACCGAGGAGGAUGUUCUCCAGUUUAGGGUUUUGUGAACAGCUAGACCCCUCUCCUUGUAAAGCCUGGUUUGUCUUGUCCUGGGAACAGCAGGCCCGCUCUUGACCUUCCGUUUGCCAUGGAUUGUGGCAGGCACUGGAUUGAAAUUCAGGGGAGCUGGGAGGGGCUGGCAUGCCUUUGCCAAGAGACUUGACAUCCCAACAGUCCUCACUGUUCUGAAGGACAAAGACAGCUCUCUUCCCAGCAAGUUUGGAACUGGCAGCCUUCUCUUGAAUUGGAAUCAACCACUGGGAUGUCUGUGGGAUGAUGAUGCUGGCUCGGAAAGGGUUUCUUUGACCUGCUUCCCUACUCUUGGCCUUGAAACCUACUUCUGGGUUGGAUGGCCCUGUUGUUGUAGCUCGUGGCACCUGCCAACACGUGAGCAUAGAAUAGAGCAGCGUUUAGUGGGCUCGCUGGCCCCAGGCAGCAUGCCUGGACCUCCUCCUUCCGAAGGCUCAGGGGUGCUCCUUUACCAGAAUUGCCCUCAAGGCCUCGGAGGAAAGCCUGGCAUCGUGACCAAUCUGAGCUUCGUUGGAGCAGGCUGAGGGGGUGACUGAGCGUCUGCUAAGGCCUCUCUGACCAUCAUCCAAACCGUCCGUGGCUUCCCUUCGUGGCGUAACGACUCUGAACCUGCAUAGCUUUGGAGACCAAGAAUACACCAGAGGUCUGUAGACGACACCGGCGGAGAGAGAGAAAGCAAGAGAGCUCUUGUGGUCUGUCGUCCAAAUUCCUCCGUGGGUUUUAUAGACUUGUUCAUUUUCCUGUUAUGUUUUAUAUAAUAUAUGGACUUAACUAUAAAAUAAAAUAACCAUGCAAAAGAA